CAGAGUCCAACCCGGGAGACAGGAAGCGGAUGGAGACACAGCCGCUCAAGGCCGGAGACACAAGGCCGUGAAGGGGCAGCGCAUCUGGAGAGAUCCCUCCACCAGGAGGACCCGCUGCAGCUCAUGGAUUUUUCCAGACCCAGAUGCAGCCCCUGGAGGGAACUGGUCCUUGUGGCCAGUCUGCUGGCCUGUGGGAUCUUCCAGACCUCUGGCCAAGUCUCCAUCGUCCCAUUCAUAGGGUUAGAGGGAUAUAGGAGCUUCCUGGACCUGGAGAACAUCCCUGAGGAUGCUCAGGAAUACAGCUGGCACCGGGGUGUCAACGACAGUGAGGGAAGUAUGAUUGUCAGCUACAAACCUCCCUCCAAUUCCUGGCAGUCUGGGCCCAUGUUCAGCGGCCGGGAGAAUGUAACCACGGAAGGCCGCCUGAGGAUCAAGAACUCUAUGUUAAAUGACACGGGGAACUACACCGUGCGGGUAGACGUCAGCAGUGGGACCCACAGAGCAACCAGCUGGCUCGAGAUUCGAGAAAAGGAAAGCAACCCAGGCAUCUCGACCAACACCACCUCUGUGGUUGAGUACAUGGAUUCUGUGGCCGCCUUCUGCCACACCAACGCCACUACUGUCACGUGGUACGUGAAUGGCAUACAGGUGUCCAGCAAUGAUCUGAUGACAAUUUCCCCGGACGGCAAGACCCUCGUCAUUCUCAAGGUCAACCGCUAUGACGUGAUACUUCAGUGUGCGCUGGAAAACAUCCUGGGGUAUCUUCAAAAAAGUGCACAGAUCUUUCUGACUGUGGCCUAUGGACCUGACAGUGUGUGGCUGAGAAGUGAUCCCAGUAAUUUCAACGGCGUCCUGUCUGCUGAGCUCGGCUCCAAGGUGGAGAUGAAGUGUACCUCCACUGCCUUCCCGGAACCCAAGCACCGCUGGAUCCACAACGGCUCCCUCCUGAGCGUCUCAGAGGCAAACAUCACCCUCCCGAGUCUGACCUGGGAGCAGAUGGGCAGAUACAGAUGUAUCGUGGAGAAUCCUGUGGCCCAGCUGACCAUGUACAGGGACGUCAGGAUCCAGAGGAAUCCCGAAUACAUUCCUAUUGAUAAAAGAGAUUUCUACAUCUCCGGAUCCCUGGUGGUGGUUCUGAUCGUGAUGACAGUCCUGGGAGGUAUCUACUUCUGCGGAAUCCUGGUCUACGUGAUCAUCAGCCAUUUCUCCAGGACAAACCGGGCCAUUUGAGUGUCCGCAUCAGAACUGGAGGACGAGACCAGAUGGGCAAGGAGGCAAAUGUGCUUCUAACUUCCCCGCUUCCCUAAUGGGCGCCAUGGACCAUCAGAGACGCUGAUGCCCCAUCUCAGCAUUGCUGAUGGCAGGGAAACAGUACAGCCUCUAAUACCCAGCAACUGGAGUUGCUUAAAUGGGGCACAGCACAUGUUGAGCUAAUCUGUUAUCUGUUAGGAACCACGCUGGGGAAAGAUGCUUACUGACGCAGGAAAUGCUCAUAACUUGAUAAGUUGGAAAUGAGAAAUACAAAGCAGCAUCUGAUAGGACCGUAGUUAUACAAAGUAUAGAUUAAUUGAUUGAUGUAGAUAUAAUAUGUACAGUAUGUGUUUUCCAGUUUCAUGUGUACACACACAUAUGUAUAUAUAUACACACACACACACACACAUAAAUAUACAUAUAUAUGUGCUCAAAAAUUGUGGAAAACAUUAAUUAUUAACAGUGUUAUGUCUUAAUUUCCUUCUUUACCCUUUACUGUAUAUUCUAACAUGUUUUUCCUCACGAAGUGUAUAAAUUGCCUUUAUAAUCAGAAAAAGACACCAGUAAAGUGAAAACAGUAUGAAUUUAGUUCUGUCUCCAUAAUGCCAUUUCUGAAACCUUUUUCUGUGCUGUCUUUAUGGGGGUGCCCAGAAGCAUGUAAGCAAAUUUGUUCACCACUAUGGCAGUUACAGCAGAAGAAAGGAAGGAAGGGAGGGAGGAAAGAAAGGGAGAGAGACAGAAACUACUUUCUGGCAGAAUCUAUGGAAGUGGGGACAGUCAGCCUAGCAGCUCUGGUCAUAACUGCUUUGAAUACUCACAAAGCACUUAGGACAGUGCUGGACACAAGGCAAGACCCCAGGGCCCACUGAUGAAGGCCCCCUUGUGGCAUCGGGGGCAUGUAACUGGGUUCAGCCUGGUCCCUCCACUUGCAGCCUGUGUGGCUUUGACCAGCUCACAUGAGCCUCCUCUGUGAUGUGGAGACAGCGGCAACCCUCUCACGAGUCACUGUGAGGAUUGAAUGAGACAGGAUGCGUGCAGGUUUGAUGCACAGUAGGUGCUGAGCAAAUGUUUUAGUUUCCUAGGGCUGCUGUGACAAACCACCACCAACAGUGUGCCUUAAAGUAGCAUUCUCUCACAGUUCCAGAGGCUGGAAGACCAAAAUCAAGGUUUUGGCAGGGCCGUGCUCCCUCAGAAGGCUCUAGGGAAGAAUCCUUCCUUGCCUUUUCCAGCUUCUGCUGGUUACCAGAAAUCCUCAGCAUGCCUUUCCUUAUGGUGUCAUACUCAAAUCUCUGCCCUCAUUGUCCCCUGGCCUUCUUCCCUACCUGUGUCUCUGUGUCCACAUGCCCCUCUUUGUGGGGGGAAACACCAGUCACUGUAUUUAGCCCCCCCAUGUAACUUAUUACAUCUGCAAAGACCCUCUCUCCAAAUACAAUCAUAGUCACAAAUACCUUAAGGGGUGCAGACUUGAAUAUAUCUUUCUGGGGUUCACAAUUCAACCCACAGUAACAGGGACUCAUCAGGAUUAUUGGACCUCUUGAUAUUUCCCAUUGUCCAUGUCCUGUCCCCACGUUCCUCCUGCACUCCAGACCAUCCAUCCAUCU